AUGAGUCUACCGCGCUAUGUUUCAGAAAUCGGCGAGUCUUCUUACAGUGGUUCUACUGUGUAUUCCGCUGAAUCUGAUGUUGAGGACAUCACGCAUUCGGACUUUGAGUCUGAAUACAUCCCGUCAGAAACGAGCGAAGAUCGAGACUUCGUUGUGUCAGACUCUGAAAGUCUUUCAUGCGUUUCGAUAGAGACUUCGGCCCCCGAAAGCUCAGGCUACAAUAUCCUUCAUGAUGGCGUCGGCGUUGUCGGAACGUGUGAAAUUGGUUUUGACAUAAUUAUUGAGGAACAGGGCGACAAAAGCAUCAAACCUCUCAGAACAAUCGCGAAGAGAAUUGUGAAUCGUAACGGCCGCCAAACAGUUCAAUACCUAGUCCUUUGGUAUUCCUGGGAAACUGCAGAACCUGUCCCACAGUAA